CGUGAGUUUCCUAAAUGGGUGAGUGUCUGAGCGUACCUAGAUGGUGAUGCCUGCAUCGCAGCCGCUUCCCCGGUUAGGGUACUAGGUCUAUGUGCCGGCGUAAGCCUUUCAUUCGCGUGGGUGUUAUGCUGACAGUAGAUGACGUUGUGCCGAGUGGGAUACAAACGGUUAUUGUUGUAUCACUCAUCAGGCUGUUCGAUGGGCGUAACAAUCAGCUACAUCAUACCUUCAAGGAGCUGGUGACUUACUGGUUUGGCGACUAUUAUUGUUGUCGUCUUCGUCAGUCAAACAAUUCCACACGCUGAGAAUGGCUCUAUAGAUGAUCAAGUUCGCUGUGUGUUUCGUCGUCACCGCCCAGUCUCAUGCUGUCCGUGUGAUAUGUCAAGUCGUCCGUGUUUAUGAGAGGUCUCUGCUUAUCGCGACUAUGCCAUUGCACACCGAAUCAUGCCGUUGCGACUGCUGUAGUCGAGCCAUGUUGUCGCGGCGAGCCAGGCCGGAGCAUUUACGGGGAACCGGGAUGGGUGCAUGCUCGUUGCUGGGAACAGAAAGAGGCAUGUAUCAUCACACGAUACCAUGCUUCCCAUGAAACCUGUUCUCGUUGACGGAUGAAGGUAAUGCGAAGGACGAUAACGGAGCUGUAGAUCUUCCCAUGACGUGAAUGCCAACGUCCGUUGCGUAAGAGUCCCGCUUGCGUAUAGACUCGUCCAUGGCGAAGACGGGGAGAGUAAGGUCUGC